AUGGUGCAGUUGAAAAUGGCAAUAGCAAGUGGCAGCCUUCAGGCGGACAAGCUGACGGCUCGUGAAGAGAAGCGCGUAGCCCACUGGGAGGAGUUCAUGGAAGAACAACAAAACAAACGAGCAGAUGUGGACGAAGAGCACAGAAAAGCUAUGGAGCGCCUCAAAGAGCAGUAUUCGGAGAUGGAGAAGGAACUGGCCAAAUACGCUUCUUUUUAA